AUGGGAUGGCGACAUGUCGAUUCUCCCUGAAAUGAAGCUCACUGGGAUCUAUGACAACCCUUAUGACUACCUUCCUCACCCUCCUCAACUCGGCACAAUUGGCCAGGCUGAGCUGGAUGCCAUAAUUGCCUCAGGGAUUCUCGCCGACAAUACUGUUCCCAUUCCUCAGUAUGUGCUACCGGAAGAUGACCAGAUGGAAUAUGGCAACGUCCCCGUGUUAUUGGACCAGCUACAGGUCGAACAGGAGUUGUCGGUGAACCAGCUUAUUCCUUCCGACUCCGCCCAAACCGUAAGCGCUGUUCCCGAACAACCCGAGAAGCCUGCCUCCAAGAAGUACUCGCUCAAUGACUUUUACUUCCACAACACGCUUGGGACUGGUUCCUUUGGUCGUGUUCACCUAGUUCAAAGCACCCAUAACCAUUGUUUUUAUGCUAUCAAAGUCCUCGCCAAGGAAAAGAUUGUUAAAUUGAAGCAAGUCGAGCACACAAACAAUGAGCGAGAAUUGCUCAUGUCUUGCAAGCAUGACUUCCUCAUCAACCUCUGGGGCACAUUCCAAGACCGUAAUAGUCUAUUUAUGGUCAUGGACUUUGUCGCGGGCGGGGAACUUUUCACCCUCAUCCGCAAAUCCGUUCGUUUCCCAAACGCUGUCGCAAAAUUCUAUGCUGCUGAGGUGGCCUUGGCCUUGGAGUAUCUGCAUAAGAAGGAUAUCAUAUACCGUGACUUGAAGCCUGAGAACAUUCUCAUCGGUCAGGAUGGACACAUCAAACUGACCGACUUCGGUUUCGCAAAACGGGUUCCUGACCAGACGUACACGCUUUGUGGAACACCAGAUUAUCUCGCUCCAGAGAUAAUAUUAUCCGCCGGUUACAACAAAAGUGUUGAUUGGUAUGCUUGGGGCGUGUUAAUAUUUGAGAUGCUCGCUGGGUACCCGCCAUUCUAUUCCAAAGGAGGGGAUCCUGCCUCCCUCUAUAAGCGUAUCAUAGAGGGGAAUGUCAAAUACCCAAGAGAAAUUGAUCGUGACGUAGAACACCUCAUCCGAGGCUGCCUAACUGCAGACUUAUCGAAGCGAUACGGGAACACGGUUGAGGGUCGUGAUGCGAUCUUCCGUCACCAAUGGUUUGCUGAAGUUGAGUGGGGCAUGUUACGGGCGAAACAAAUCCCUGCUCCCUACAUUCCGGAUCUUCGAGGAGCGGGAGACACUAGCCAAUUCGAGCAAUACGCAGAAAAUGAUACAAGCGAAUAUGGUGCUGUCGGUCACGACCCCUUCCACGAUUUAUUCGCCGACUUCGAUUGAUUGUCCUCAUUUCAAACGUUUUGGUAUCAUUUGACGGCUUUUCCACACAUCCGUAGAUUGUCUGCGACGGUCCAUAUUUACGGAAGCCGCCUCUGAUCUGGUUCUGUCCAAUAAUACGAUACACUCACCCACUAAUACCCCUCAUUGAUAU